AUAAACAAAACAAUCGAAAUAACUGGACUGGAAGCAGUUACGUUCGAACUUUUACGCGGUCAAGAUGGGUAAAAUGGAAGCCGUCGAGUUUUCGCUCAAAGAAAAAUCUCUGAACCUGGUGAUCAGGCCGUUACCGAAGAUCGAGGAUCCGAAUCAGGUUUUAAUUAAAGUCGCCUACGCGGGCGUCUGCGGUACCGAUCUGCACAUUACUGAGGCGACAUUUCCGUGCGCCAAAGAUGGACCGUUCAUUUUGGGUCACGAACUUUCCGGCGUCGUCAGCGAGGUGGGCACCGCCGUGAGGUCAAUUCGUCCAGGAGACCACGUAGUGGUGGACCCCAACGUCGGAUGCGGAGAGUGUAACUUUUGCCACUCGGGCGAGAAGCACUACUGCAACCGAGGCGGUAUCACCAGCUACAUCGGCAUCUUCAAGGACGGCGCUUGGGCGCAGUACGUAGUCCUUGUAAAGGAGCAAGUCCACGUGCUCCCAGAAAACAUCAGUCUGGAGCAAGGUGUUCUAGCCGAGCCGAUUUCGUGUCUGGCGCAUUCCUGGGACCGUAUCUCCCCUAUUACCGUUGGCCAAAAAAUUUUGGUGCUCGGCGCGGGGAUAAUCGGCAACUUGUGGGCGUCCAUAUUGCAUUUGCAAGGCCAUAAAAGGGUAACGGUUUCGGAACCGAUCGUGCAGCGCCUCAAGCUUCAGGAGAAUUUGGAAACGGGCUUCGACGGAAUCACACCUGACGAGCUGAGAGAGAGACAUGAGAAUAAUGACGACUACUUAUUCGACGUCAUUAUCGACUGCAGCGGACACGCGCCGGCAAUCGAGCACGCCUUCUCCCUACUGAACAAAGGCGGAAAGUUGUGCCUCUUCGGCUGCGCCGCCCCUCAUUCCAUGAUUAGCAUUUCACCUCUACAGUUGGCGAUGAAAGAGAUACAGAUUAUCGGCUUGUUUUUGAACAUGUUCAGUUUUCCGAAGACCCUGGGAUUAAUGGAGUCGAUGUGCGAGAGGUAUCUGAGCUACGAAAAGUUGGGGGUGAAGACGUUCGCGUUGAAGGACUACGAGGACGCGCUCGAGGAACUCAGGAAGGGCAGUAUUUCGAAGGCGGUGUUUAAAUUUUAGGUUUCUAACUCUCAGAUAAAUUUAGCAAUCGACUGUCUUUCACUACAUUAUGUAUUAAUUUCUAGCAUCUAUUUAUACGUAGUUAGGCUUAGGGGUAGAUUUUUUUAAAGACUUUGUAAUAAUUAUCAGACCUAGUGAGAUUGUACUAAUGAAUAGAAUAUGAAUAAAUUUUAUUGAGAUUCGACCUUA